AUGGCGUUGGCAACGGCAACUGGAACAGUGGAAAGUGUUAGCAGCAGAUGGAGCAUGGCAUCUCUGAGGUCGGCGCUGCCUUCAACACCAGAUAGGUGUACGGUUUCUGCAUCUUCGUCUUCUUCACCAUGCGGGCAUCGGAGCCUGCACCUCAGCGUCAGCCUCAACCAGUCUCUCCACAAACCCCAAUUUGGGUCCUUCACUGGUCUCUCUCCCCUAAAUCCCCUGCUCUCGCUUGGCCUCUCCGAAUAUACAAGUUUUGAGCAUAACUUCACCAUUCUUGAUAAUGGUGGCCGAAUUUUGGCAAUGAGACAUGGCAGGAAAGUCCCUAAGCUCAACAGGCCUCCUGACCAACGAAAAGCACUUCUGCGAGGCCUCACUACUCAGCUCCUUAAACAUGGCCGCAUCAAGACCACUCGAGCAAGGGCAAGUGCAAUGAGGAAGUACGUUGACAAAAUGAUCGCACUGGCCAAGAAUGGAACCCUUCAUAAGAGGAGACAGGCUCUGGGCUUCAUCUAUGAAAAGCAGAUUGUCCAUGCUUUGUUUGCAGAGGUACCAGACAGAUAUGGGGAAAGAAAUGGUGGUUACACAAGAAUUAUUAGAACACUGCCAAGGCGAGGGGACAAUGCACCCAUGGCAUACAUUGAACUUGUGUAG